CGCCGUCUCCCGUCACCGUCGCCGGGUCGCCGGUCGCCGUCAGUCGCAGUCGUGCUGUGUCUGCGGAGCAGGGCAGUCGUCACUUGCCUGCGGACUCGUCGCGCCCCCGCCUGUCACACGCCUCGCCGCUGCCGUCGGGAGACUCUACCUGUCCCUUUGGCGCUAUUCCGGUGAUCGUCGGGUGCACGUUCCCUUAUCAACUGACGAACGUUGGAACUUCAACAUGACGCCCCCUACCCCGUUAUGUCACAAUGCUGCUCGAAGCGAAUGCUCCGUCUGCAAUAAGGCUGACAGCAUGCCUUGUUCGACCUGUCGCUUGGACUACUACUGCAGCGUAGCCCAUCAAAAACGAGAUUGGCCUCGUCACAAGUUGGGUUGUGGAGUGCUAAAAGUGGAAAGGAGUUCGCGAAUUGGGAGGUACCUCAUCGCGACAAAAGAUAUCCCUGCUGGAACUGUUGUACUUCGUGACACGGCAUUCCCUGUUCCCAACUACAACACAGACCUGCCCCAGGUCCUCUGCGCGGCCUGCUGCAAAGUGCUGUCCGCCACCGGCUUCACUCAGUGCUCUCUGUGCGGCUGGCCCGUGUGUGGCGACGCGUGCGGCGGGGGACCGGGCCAUCGGCGGGAGUGUGCAGCUUUCCAGCGCGCCGGUUUCAAAUUGGCAAAAUGUGAGCUGCAGGGCAACCACAAGCUCAUUUGGCGGGCCCUGGGUGCUCUUAAGACUUAUUUUGGGACCCUGGAGCACAGCUGGCUGCGAGAUCUUCAGAGUGACUACGUCCACGACGCAACUGAUAAGGAACUCGGCGCUGAGCUCGACGCCAAGCGCAGCGGCUGGAGGACGGCUGCCCGCUGGUUGCGCGGCGCGUUGGGGCUGCUGUGGCUCGAGGAGGAAGACCUGGUGCGCGCCGCCGCGCGCAACGACAUCAACGCCAUCGGCGGCGUUUACGGCGUCGUCACACAGCCGACUGACCCCGCCGCACUGGCCGACACAGGCGCUAUUUUUGCCGGACUAUCGCUGCUAGAGCACAACUGCACUCCAUCAUGCUCUGCUUCCAGCAACGGUGUUGUCGAUACGUUUUCCACUGAUGAUUUCCCAAACCCAGCUGAGUCCGUUAUCAAAUCUUUUGAGGGGCAGAAAGGGCGCGCUGAUAACUUCGUGACGACUACCAGGCUGGUGCGCAAGGGAGAGCACUUGUCGAUCGAUUACCUUGACGAUCCCCUGAUCAGCACGUCGGUGCGGCGCAAGCGUCUGCGAAACUGGGGCUUCCGGUGUGACUGCGAGCGCUGCACAGACCCAUCUGAGUUCGGAUUGUAUCUGGAGAGCGCGUGCUGCGCAUCGUGUUCGGCUAAGGGCAGCCGGCACUUCCUUAUUUUUAACGAGGUAAAGAAGAUAUUUAUCUGCGAGGGCUGUGGACACGAAGAAGUUGAAGAUCCUGCUUGGAUUGAACAGUUGGCCUUUUCUGCGUUGCUGGACAAGCCCGACACGGGCGUGGUGGAGCUGCACCGCUUCGUUGAGCGCAGCGUGUGGCCGCGCGGCCUGCUGCACGCCACGCACAGCCUCGUCAUCGAGGCCAAGUCCACCAUGGUGCAGUUCGCUCGGCCGGAUCACCUGCUGGGAGCUGGCGGGAUACCUGAUCAGAAGAUCCUAGAGCUGCUUUCGACCGCAUGCCGCGACCUUCUGAGUGCAUUGGACAUGUCCGGCCAGGGUCUUUGCGCGCGUCGCUGUAACCUCCUCAACCCCCUUAUUUUCGCUAUGAAAAUUCAUCUGCUAGCGGAUUUAAAGCCAUUAGUAAUGGACGGGAAAUAUUUUGGAGCAAUGACUGCGUAUGCGCCAAGAGUCAGGGAACUCGAAAAACUUACGAAGGAGCUUCGUCAGAUGUUGCCACCGGGGCCGGGACCUGAAAAGAUCCUCUUCGAGAAAGUGCACAUGGCAGAGCUCGACUUUCUCUUGAGUGUCACAGGGUGCAAGCUUCCCUCGCCAGAUGCUCUCUCCAACAUGAGAAGCUUCCUUGAGCUUCAUGCCUAACCGCUACGUUGCUUGUACUUUUUAAAAUUAUAACCACGAGUUUGCUACAUGUGUGCCGAAAAUUUUAAAUGUAAUUCAUUCAGGAUGACCCAAUAAAAAAAUUACGUUUCUGAUUA